CCCGACGACGGGGGCGGCGGCGCCUUCCCCCCCGGGCACUUCAAGGACCCCAAGCGGCUCUACUGCAAGAACGGCGGCUUCUUCCUGCGCAUCAACCCCGACGGCAGGGUGGACGGCGUCCGCGAGAAGAGCGAUCCGCACAUCAAGCUGCAGCUUCAAGCAGAAGAAAGAGGAGUGGUAUCGAUCAAAGGUGUAAGUGCAAACCGCUUUCUGGCUAUGAAGGAGGAUGGCAGAUUGCUGGCAUUGAAAUGUGCAACAGAAGAAUGUUUCUUUUUUGAGCGUUUGGAAUCUAAUAACUAUAACACUUACCGGUCACGGAAGUACUCUGAUUGGUACGUGGCACUGAAAAGAACUGGACAGUACAAGCCCGGACCAAAAACUGGACCUGGACAGAAAGCUAUCCUUUUUCUUCCAAUGUCUGCUAAAAGCUGAUUUGCAUGGUGGGUUCUGAAUGUAUGCCACACUACACUUUAAGAGGUAGAGUUUCCGACUCCUCACCAAACUAGUAAAAAUAGAAGCAGUUAUUUGCUGAUAUCGGCUACUUUUGCAGAAAGAUUAAAACAUGAAUGUUUCUUCCUGUCUUUAUAAUGCUCUGCAAACCUAUUGUGCCAGUGUGUGCGGAGGUAAAAUUACUUAGACAAUCUAUUUUCAGGAUCAAUAACACUUCUAUUUUCUGCUAGAGAUUUCUAUAGAGCUAUUUUAUUUACUUUAUAUUUACUUUACGGAGGAAAGGGAAACUAAUCUGAUGCACGCUAACAGGAGAACUUGCCAUUUAAAAUAAUUUAUAUAUCUGUAGCUUUUUCGAGAAUAAAUACUGAUUUUUUUUCUAAAAA